AUGUCGUUCUCUCCUACUUCUUUAUCCUUCUGGAAACUGCUCAUCUGGUGUUUCGCCCCGGCGAUUAUUACACUUGGGGCCUGCAUCCUUCUCGUUCUACUUAUCUCCCUCGCGAUCUCCCAGAAUGCAAUUCCCUCCAAAUGCCGCCCAAGGGGAUCUCCUACCCAUCUACUAGUAGUCCUUGGAAGCGGUGGCCAUACAGCUGAGAUGCUCUACAUGCUUGAUCGCAUGAAAUUCGACCCUCAAAUCUGCACGUAUCGGACAUACCUGGUGAGCUCGGGAGAUAACUUUAGCGCAGAGAAAGCCAAGAAGUUUGAGGCUCAACGUGUACGGAAUUCUCAGAGCCAUACCCAUAGCAACAACUAUACCAUUGUCACAGUGCCACGUGCCCGACGAGUCCAUCAGUCCUACCUCACCGCGCCAUUCUCUACGCUUCAAUGCUUCUGGGCUUGUCUCAAUGUUCUUCGUGGGGAUCACCCGGACCAAAAGCUGCCAAAAGAAUACACCACGCCUUACCCUGAUUUGAUCCUCACAAAUGGCCCCGCUACAGCAGUCUGUGUUGUUGUGGGCGCGAAACUCAUCCGUUUCUUUCUAUAUUUGGCCAACAUAUUUGCCUUAUGUCCGAUUCUGCGACCAGUCUUCGAGAUUGCAUCGACCCCAACGCUGCGCACUAUUUACGUUGAAUCAUGGGCCCGGGUGAGCUCGCUCAGUACCUCUGGUGUCCUGCUGUUGCCCCUAGUCGACCGCUUUCUCGUGCAAUGGCCUGCCCAGGCAGGGCGGCGGGCUUGGUGGGGGAUGAAGAAAACAGAAUAUGCUGGAUGGCUUGUGAUUUAA